UUCUCAGCCUCGGAAGGGUUUUAACGACUUCCGCUUUUCCCGCCGUGACCCUGGUCUGAGAAGCGACUGAAACUGCUGGCGGCAUGCGGGCACCGGGAGUAGGCUCGGGGCUCUCCGGUGAGCGGGGAUUGUCAGAGCAGGAGGCUGGCGCGGACACGGAGGCGGCGGAACUGCUGCCCUUCCUGGUGCUCGGAGCACGGGCAGACCUGCAGGCGGCCGCGGCACAGCACGUGCUGGCGCUGACUGGUGCGGGCUCGGGCCGCACGCUGUUGGCAGGACAGCCAGCGUUGUUGCGGGCUUUGGUCGACCUUGCGGUGGCCCCGGCCCCAGCUCCUUCCCGCGAUGCUUCCCGAGCGCUCGUGAACUUGGCUGCCGAUCCCGGUGUGCACUGGCAGCUGCUGGCAGCAGACCCGGAGCUGCCUGCCCGCCUGCUGCGCUGUGUGUUGGACCCUCAGUGGCCCUGGGCUGAAGAGGCGGCUGCAGCGCUGGCCAACCUGAGUCGCGAGCCGGCUCCAUGUGCUGCGUUAAUGGAGAAGCUGAUGGCCGCUGAGCCGGAGCGCCUGGAUCUGGAGCGGCUCGUCAACGCGCUGUGCAUGCCUAGCUACAACGCGGCCGCACCCUUGCAUUACCUGGGGCCGCUGCUCUCCAACCUCAGCCAGCAGGCGGAGGUGCGUGCUUUUCUCCUGGACCCAGACAGGUGCGUGGUCCAACGGCUGCUGCCUCUUACCCAGUACACAGACUCCUCGGUGCGCAGGGGCGGGGUGGUGGGAACACUUCGGAAUUGCUGUUUCGAACAUCGACACCACAAGUGGUUACUCGGGCCCCAAGUCGACAUUCUCCCCUUCUUGCUACUGCCCUUGGCUGGGCCUGAAGAGUUUUCCGAGGAAGAAAUGGACCAGCUGCCAGUUGACCUGCAGUACUUGUCACCAGACAAGCAACGAGAGCCGGAUGCUGACAUCCGAAAGAUGCUCAUUGAAGCCAUCAUGCUGCUGACAGCCACUGCACCUGGCCGGAAGCAGGUCCGGGAUCAGGGUGCUUACUUGAUCCUUCGAGAGCUACACAGCUGGGAGCCUGAGCCUGAUGUGCGAAUGGCUUGUGAGAAGCUUAUCCAGGUACUUAUUGGGGAUGAGCCAGAGGUUGGCAUGGAAAACCUGCUGGAGGUGCAGGUACCUGAAGAUGUGGAGCGGCAGCUACAAGAGCUAGACCAGCAGGAACAGCAGGAGCUUGCUCAAGAGCUAAGAGGCAAGAGUGCCCCACGGACCUGAAGCCCCUUUGGCCCGGAUGCCAGCUUCAGACCUACCUUAGCCAGUGUUAGCGCAGGGUUCUAGGCUAAAUGCCCAGUAAAUGUUGAGAAGCUCAAGCGUACUGCCCAACCCUGUGCCCUGUGGCAACCAGCAAUAAUGCACAUUGUUCAGAUGUGCUAUGAAGCCAGAGCUGGCCAGGUCCCGUGUCACAGCUGCCUACAGAUGAGGCAGGAUGCCAGUCGUCACUGGAGAUAUGAGGAGCUUCUUCCCAGACAGUGAUAGGACUGGACUGAAAAUACUGCCAGCCCUGGGGUUUUUCCACUCCUGGAGGCAUCAAAGGGUCUGGACGUGGGUAGACUUAGAGAUGUAAACAGCACAGUGAGCCCCAAUCUUUGGAGUCUUUGCUUUCCUUGCCCAAGACUUUAAAAGGCGGGCUACACCUGGAUCCUCGGCUCUUCCUAGAAUGCUCUGGGCCUGUCUGUGGCUCACUUGCUGGGUUUCCCGUUUGCUCUGUGUCUGUUUCAUCUGUCAGUCUCCUUAUUCCCAGGUUGAAGUGGGACUUCGCUGUACAGAUAGAACCUGCUUCUUGGUUAGCUUUCACGGGCCUCAGUUGUCUUGCAAGACAUCCAGGCUCUCCUGCUGGGCACACCUUGCCUACCUCUGCAGAGAUCCUCCUGCAUGUUCUUGCAGCAUUUACCCCUGUAUGGUCCUACCCCCAACAUUUGGUGCCUACUCCGUAUAUGCACCCCUUCUUCCCAGUUCUGUAGAUACCAUGGCAAGUUUUGCCCCACUGUGUCCCCUUUUCUGAGCCACAGAUCUUGUUUCACCUAUGUGUGCCAUUUUCUUCAGCGACAGGGCCUUCCAGGUCCCUGAGACCUGUACUCUUCAUGGGAGUUCAGUGUUCCACUUCCUACCUCUGAAGCUGGGAGACUGGUGUAUGUGUUGUCAAUGCAUGGCUGGGUCUUUUCACUGGGUACCAGGAGUCUUCUCGCCCCUGUCCCCCACCCACGAUGCUCUCCAGCACCCUUGUUAAAGCUUUGGCAAUGUUGGCA